CCUGGAGUGAGCUUGACAUUCGAACGGCUAGAAUGGCCAAGUUUUUCGAGAACUCCCUGCUGCAGCACAAAACCCGCUAUCAGCUUUUGGCCACGGUAAUUGUAAACAUUAUCACGUUCGGACAUGGAGUGGGUGUGGGUUGGCUCUCGCCGACACUGACCAAAAUCCAGACGCCCGAUUCGCCGCUGAACUUUGAAGUGAAUCUCGCCCAGAUUUCCUGGCUGGGAUCGAUGCUGGGACUGGGCAGCCUGUGCGGCAACCUAACCAUAGCACUGCUGAUUGAGAGGGCGGGCAGGAAGUUCUGCCUCUACCUCAUGGCCGGACCCUAUGCGUGUAUCUGGAUCUUGAUCUACUGCGCCUCCAAUGUGUACUACUUGUACGCAGCCAGGUUUUUGUGCGGAUUUACUGGCGGAGCAGGAUAUUUGGUGGUUCCGAUUUUCAUUAGCGAAGUGGCCGAUAGCAACAUUCGAGGGGCUCUGACUUCGAUGGUGAUGCUGUCGGUCGAUUUGGGAAUACUGGCUGGCUACAUACUGAGCACUUAUCUGGCCUACCAUGUCGUACCCUUCUUGGCCAUUAUCUUGCCCGUAGCCUACUUUAUGGCCAAUAUAAUGUUGCCCGAAACAGCCCCGUAUCUGCUAAGGAAAAGCCAGCUGGCUGCAGCAGAGAACUCGUUCAGAUACUAUAGGAACCAGCGCAGUGCAGUUUGCGAGCAAACAUCCAAGGUCAAGUUCGAGGAGCUACGCACAGCGGUUUUGUCCCAGCAGACGAGGAAUGCCAGCCCGCUCAGUUACAAGGACCUCACGACCAAGCCGGCUCUGAAGGGAUUUGCCGCCUCCAUUGUGCUCAGCUUGGGCUAUCAGUUCAGUGGCGUUUUCAGCUUCAUCAACUAUAUGUCCGACAUUUUUAGGGCUUCCGGCUCCAUUGUGGACGUUAAUACGGCCACCAUUAUCAUAGGAUUAGUCCAGAUCGUGGGCGUCUACACCUCGACCAUACUGGUGGACAUCGUGGGUAGGCGGGUUCUGAUGUUGAUCUCUACCUUGGGAGUGGGAAUCGGUUGCAUUGCCUUCGGCUGCUUUACCUACUGUGCCGACAUCUAUGAUCUCAGCGAAUUCAAUUGGCUGCCUCUGGUGCUGAUGGUUGUCAUCUGUUACGUGGCCAAUAUUGGACUGAUUGGCAUCUUUUUCCUCGUGCUGGUGGAACUCUUCCCAGUAAAGAUUCGCUCCUUGGCCACCUCGCUGUCUGUGAUUUUCUUGAGUUUGCUCGUCUUUGGUACCUUGAAGCUGUUUCCUUUGAUGCUGCACUACUGGGGCAUAUCGUUUACCAUGUGGUUCUCAGCUGCCUCUGCACUGCUGACGUUCUUUUACUUCUGGUUGUUUCUGCAGGAAACCAAGGGAAAGUCAAUGAUUGAAGAUUAACAAGUAGCUGAAUUUGCCCUAAGCGCCUUAACUUCUUUAAAACCAACUGAAGGUUGUCGAUUUUAAACUAAUAAAUAAAUAAAAUGUCAAAGGUG